AUGUCUUGGGCUUUGGUUUGCAAAGUCUUCAAAAAACGCACAUUUGAUUUGAUAUCUCACAAAAGUGGCCUGAUUUUUAUUUUAUUUUUGUUGACAAUAUUAAUAGCAACUCUUUUUUUAUUUAGUGAAGUUUUGGUUUUGUGGUUCACGGAGAAGUACGGCUGUGUCUUCAAUGCUUACAAAGACAACAUCCUGGGGUGUUCCUAUGAGAAGAGGUUGUGUUCCGGACUACCAAUCGACGUUGUGUAUACCUGGGUCAAUGGUUCCGACCCCAUUCUGGAGUUCCAGUUGAUUACUGAAGAAAUAUCUCAAAAUCGUUUUCGUGACAAUGAUGAACUCUUGUACUCUUUAAGAUCUUUGGAGCAAAAUGCACCAUGGGUCAGACAUGUGUAUAUUGUAACCAAUGGACAAAUUCCAUCCUGGUUGAAUUUGGAAAAUCCGAAAUUGACGUUAAUAACUCACAAAAAAAUUUUCCCUAAUCAAUCUCACCUGCCAACGUUCUCAUCACCAGCAAUUGAAGCACAUCUGCACAGAAUACCAGGACUAUCAGACAAGUUCAUUUAUUUGAAUGAUGACAUAUUUUUUGGUCAGCCAGUGUGGCCUGAUGAUUUUAUAACACUAGCAGGAGAAUACAAGGUGUACUUGAGUUAUCCCGUGCCCGAUUGCAGAGAUGGUUGUCCCGGGACCUGGAUCAAAGACGGCUACUGCGACAAAUCAUGCAAUAAUUCCGAAUGUGAGUGGGAUGGUGGCGACUGCGAUCCCAUGCUUAUAGAAGCCAGGAAUAACAAAUCAAUGAGGACUUAUUUUGGGAAUGAUGUAGUUAACUAUCCAUGGGUGGAUCAUACUAGGAACAAAUUUUGUGAGCCGGGAUGCGCUAACAACUGGAUUGCUGACAGAAAGCUUUUAAACGCUGAGAGUAAAAAAACUUCAAAUCUUAUCGUAUAUAACCAUUAUAAAUAUGGCUUUCUGCCAUGGGAAAAACAAAAUUUGUUCAAAAAAUUAUCAACUAUAAAUCCAUAUGAAAUGGGUUGGAGAAGUAGAAAACUUCUUAACGCUUACACAGAUUCAGUAAGAUACGUCAACAGAUUGUACAACAAAGUUUAUGGCUUUUUUACUAGAAAGCUACCUAUCCACGGUGCUCAUCUGCUUGAUAAGUCGAUAAUAUCUGAUCUGCAGAGUAAAUUUCCUGAAGAAUGGACCCAAACGUCAUCUCAUAAUAUAAGAUCUUCGGAUGACAUGCAGUUGUCGUUUUCCUAUUUUUAUUUCUUGAUGAGUGAAACAAAACCGUUUGAAUUAGAGGAGGUUUUUAAAGAAAUGGAUGUCGACAAGUCAGGUGUUUUGUCUGACAGAGAGCUGAGAAUCCUAGCGACAAAAUUAUUUAAAUUGCCUUUGAGUCUGAAGAAUUUGGAAUAUUUAGAAAACGUUUUCAUCGACUGUCAGAACAAAUCUAGCGUUGGAUCUGGUGAAUAUUUGCCAAUAAAAUCAGAAAAAUAUUUCAAUAGCAACGUGCCUCAAGUCACUUUGAAUUUAAUUAAAAACUGCACUGAAUUUACAGAUCUGAUAGUAACUGCAUUCGGAAAUAAGAGUCGAUACAGUUACAAAGUCAUUCCAGACGCCGAUGAUUAUUUCAUUUUCAAGAUGUUCGGAUCGAAUGCGACGGUAACUUUGAAACAACUCGAUGAGAUCAGACAGAACCCCAAAAAAUUCAUCUGCCUCAACGAUGACUCCGACGAAAGAGACGAGCCACAGUUCGAUAAUCUACGCGUGUUGAGGAGAGAUUUCUACGAGUCGCUUUUCCCUAAACCGUCAAACUUUGAGUUGAAAGACGGGUUAAGAAAUAAAUUUCUCUACUAUGAGGAUUACGAAAGCAACCAGUUGAAACUAAAGUUUACUAAAAUAUGCUUUAUAAUCUUUCUUGUGUUACUUUGUUCAUGCUUCAUCGUGUUCAGAUUUUGUUUUAAAAAGUCGAGAUUAAAAUCGUUGAAUGUGAAAACUUACUAA